UUUAAAAUAAUGGGCUCGUCAAACUCAAAAGCAGAUCAAUUAAUUUCAAUCUGUUAAGAAACUAGAGAUAUAAGAAAUAUGUGUAUCUUUAAAUCCGGAGAAAAUAAUUGUAAAAAAGAGAUAGAUAAGCACAUAAUUUGUAUGAAAGAAAAAGGGUUCGUAUUACAAUAACAUUGAA